CCACCACAUCCAGCCUCCACCAAUAUUAGUCCCUGUCACCCAGCACAAGUUAAGGUAAGAUGAAUCCUCUGAGAAAGAGAAAAUCAAUAAAAUAUGAUAUGGUAACAUGUUCUGCUUUUCUCCUCCAGACCAUGCUGCUGUCUCCUCAGGCAGAGAGGAACUGGGAGGAUCUGUGUUUAGUGCUUGAAGAUGUGCUGGAAGACCAGUCCCAUAGGGAGCUGUUUGCCUUAGAGUUGGGCUCUGGAACUGGGCAGCAUGUCAUACGCUUUGCCCAAAAGAUGCCCUUUGUUACCUGGCAGCCAUCAGACAUCAAAGAAGAGUCUCGGGACAGUAUAAAGGCAUACAUUGCUGCAACCCAUGCAAAGAAUGUGCGGCAGCCAGUCCACCUGGAUGCCAGGGAACCGUGGGAGAAAUGGGCAGGCCUUUCUCGCAGAUCCUGUGAUGUUAUUGUUGCCAUUAACUUACUGCAAUACAGCUCCUUCAAAACAGCACAGGGUGUUUUCAAUGGAGCCGGUCAGAUCCUCAGGCAAAAUGGCCUUUUGAUAACAUAUGCGGUGUAUGCUGUUAAUGGCACUAUUACACCAAGUUGUAAUGAACAUCUGGAUGCAGAGCUUCGACAAAUGGAUCCAGAGUGGGGUCUUCCAGACAUCAAUGUGUUGAGACAGCUGGCCUAUGGGAACGAGAUGCGUAUGGAGAGGAUCAUUGAGAUGAAAGAAUACUACAAAUGCCUCAUCUUCAGAAAACUUUAAAGAAGCCAUACUGCACAAAGGAAAAUAAAGUUUUGUAUACCAAUGCACAAGUUAAAGCACAUUUCAUCUUAUCACUCAUUAAUGUAAUGUUAUGGCCUUUACCCCUAUUAUUCAAACGUCGAUCAAUGUGACAUGGAACACUGUAUUUACAUGAAUAAAAGUUGUCAUACAA